UGUUGAUAUAGAUGUGAAAUAGAAUAUAGAAUAAGAAAUAAUAUAGAUAUUUGUAUCUACAGAUCAUCAGAUCGAGUUUCUCGAAUGCUGCAGGAUCUUUUCAUUAACUUCACUUUAUUUUUUCUUUUCAGUGCUGUAAGUCUAAAGAAAGACAUCAUCCUUUUAGAGCUUUUGGGGGUCACAGUAGAAAUAAAAUAAAAUUCUAUUAUCUCACAGAAACAUUCGUAUCAUAAACAAGCAAGAGAAGACGAUUUGAUGGUCUGAGCGAUGCAGAAGGUUUUCAUAUACAGUAUAUAUAUUUCAUAUAUUUGAGUUUAAUGAAGUCAUAGAGGAGCCUGAAGAGUUUCUCAGAGAAAUGAAGCAGAUGAUAAAACAGAGCAGAACAAGAGAAUGAGGGCAAUUGAAAGGCGUUUGAGGUUUCCUCUUCCUGUAAAGAAACUCAGAGACACACAGAGAGACAGAGACGCUGCAUGUGAGACCGUUUCACAUUCACUUCAGGACAUUAAAUCAUCAGAAACCAUGAUUCUCAUCAGCUUCAUGUGUCUGCUGCUCGCCGCGGCUGUGAAUCCAGCUCAGAGUCAAGAAAUACACGAGAUCAAAUCAGAUGGUGUCGUUAUCCUUUGCUCUGGAGGUGUCGCUGGUACAGUAAAGUGGGUUAAGGACAAAAACGAUAUUGCAGGCCAAACCAAUGCAACCCUUGAAGUUAAAGCUGAACAGGGAAGAGUUGAAGGAUUCUACAGCUGUACAUAUGGCGAUAUAACGCAUGUGUUCUACCUCAGAGUAAAAGUGUGUGAGAACUGCUAUGAGCUGAGCAGGUUGAAGGCCACGGCCCUCAUAUUUGGUAAUUUACUGAUCACAGGACUAGUUAUUCUCAUCGUCUUCAUCUUUGCUAACAAGAACUCUGGCGGCACACACAAGAGAGCAUCAAAUUUGCGAUCAGAAAACCCUCCUCAGCCUCCAAACCCGGACUAUGCGCCUCUGGAUCCAAAGACGCGCAACAAUGCAGUGUACUCGGGAAUCAGAUAGAUGCUGUUCAGACAGCUGCACAGUAAAUCAAACUCUGGUGAUUCAUAGCGUCUCGUACUCGUUUGUUCCACAGUAAAGCUUUAUAUAUCAUUGAUGUUGAUGUGGAAAGUUGUGCUCAGAAACAUCGGAAACUCGUGAUGUCAAAUACUGUGCUUUCUGUUCGGAGACCGUGUGCUUUCAUGCUUUUAUGCUCGUAAUCUUGUUAUUCUCACAGUUCAUACGAACUUUUCAUGUUCUGAUGUGCAAGCGUCUCAUUUUUUAAUCUUAGACUUUUAUCUCGUACAGAAUGAUUUAACUCAACAGCUGAAUGAACCAGGUUGAGGUUUUAAUGAUGCAGCUGCUGCACUGAGAAAAUAAAAAUGACAAAU